AAAUGACACAUUAGAGUGAUUAAGUCACACACACACACUUCAAAAUGGCAGGAGGACAAAGGUUGUUCGUCGUCUUCAUGUAUUCCCUUCGUGUGAUUGCGGUUGACGCUUAUUACUUUCGUCCACCUAAGCUCACAGUGGACACUUCAGUCAUGACUGAGACGGACACGGUCACUCUGUUCUGUUACUCUAAACUAGUUGUGUCUGAGUGUUAUUUCUAUACUGUGAACCCGGUCAAAACAAAAACCUCCUCGUGUGGGGAGACACUGACACUGACAGGGUCUGAGUUGCUGUGGAUGGUAAAUCAGAGUGCACCCACUGUUGUAAGAGUGAAAUGUUUCUACACUGUAAAGAAAGGAGACUUAAAUUCUCCAUCUGAACACAGUGACGUAUCCUCCAUCACCAUCAACGCUCGUCGUGAGGAAACAACAGAAUUACACACGACGCAAACACUGACCACAGGUCUGACUGUUAGACCUCAUGUUUCAACACCUGCGACUCCCAUAAAAGGUCUGACAAUUAAACCUUAUUUCUCAACACCUGCGACUCCUAAAGCAGGUCUGACUGUUAGCAGACCUCAUGUUUCAACUGCUUUGACGCCUAUAAAAGCAGGUCUGACUGUUAGCAGACCUCAUGUUCCAACGUCCGCGACUACUAUAAAAGCAGGUCUGACUGUUAGCAGACCUCAUGUUCCAACGUCCGCGACUACUAUAAAAGAAGUAAUGACGCUGAAGCUGCUGCUGGUGGUGAUUAUAACUGGGUUUGUUGUGACUCUGGUUCUCUUCUUACUGGUACUUGUUUGCACCAUGAGAAGAAGAGGAAGAAGAAGAAGAAAAAGAAGAAUAAGUGGUUCUGAAAAAGCAAACAAACAAGAGCCUCAGAAGGAAGACUCUGACACACCUGUAUAUCACCUGUACGAAGACAUCGUUCAUGAGCCACCUGCACCAGCUUUGAAGACGACAGAAUUGUACGACCUGUUACAACCACAUUAACACCAGUGCAGAGGAACAACAAUCAGCAAAACGCUUUUAAAGAGACUUUAUAUUGUUUAUAAUUGUGGGGAUCUUAUGCAUUGUAUUUUUUUGAAAUCGGUAUAGUUGCAAUGGACAUGCAAGACUUUUAUCUCAGAUUGAAAGUUGACUACCAACAUUGUACUGACAUAAAAAAAAGAAGAAAGCACAGAAAUGAUGCAUUUAUGUACAAUAUAUGCAAAUUUGAUGCUUGUUCUUGGGCUUCAGCUGCAAUAAAACACGUCAUGAGAAACAA